AUGACAGAUAAGUCUUUUAGUGAAGGAGCCAUCUCCUCCCAGCCCACUCAACCCGAUCUAAGUAGCACGACUACUCUAAAAGCACCCACCCCGGUUCAGCUGGUGGAAACGAGCCCUUCCUCUGCUUCGGUAGAGACAAAAGCUGUCGUUUUAGGAGCAGAAUCCUCAAAGUCUCCCGGUCUGAUGCAGGUUAGCUCGCACGCCCCUAACCAGCCAAUAACAGAGCCACCACUAGACAGCAAACCCCCAGCAAAGCCAGCAACAGGUAUGAAACCGCCGGUGGUUAUCGCAGCUUUGACUGACCCUGCCACUCCUGCCUCUCUGCCUCAGGCCGCAGUCUCAGUCAAAGCUCCGCCUCCAAACAGAGGAACGUCACCGCCAUCUCAGCCAAAAGCUGGACUCAAAGGCAAAGACCCUCCCAAGGCCAAUGCUGCGCCAACGGAGACGCCAGCAGUCGAGCCCUGCACGAGGUCAGCGACAUCGACUGCAUCUUCGACGACUGACCCUCAGUCGGCCGGAGACGGGACGCCCCAAAAAGCAGCCCCCAAGCUGAAGGGCCUGAAGGCGAAGCUGAGCGGCUGGUCGCGGCUGAAGAAGCACAUGGUGGUUGAGCCGGAAGAGCCACAGUUUCCAGAGCUGGAGGCCAAACGCCCAGUCGCCCCCGACGAGGAGAAAACAAGCGAAGCCGGCGAGAAGCCGGCCGAGGAGCCGGCCGCCAAUCAGGAGGUCACCGCGAACACAGAAGGCCCCAAGGCGCUCAAGAUGUGGGACGCGCUCCUCUUCCAAAUGUUCUCCACCAAAGACAAAAUAAUGCACCAGAUCAAUGCCAGCAAGAAGGACCCGGACAGGAAGAAGCCGUCCAGAGACAGCCCGGCGGAGCUGCCCUCAUUCGUCAACCGCCUCCCCAUCCUGCUCUACAGCCCUCGCUUCGACGCCCGCAAGCUGAAGGAGGCGGCCGAGAAGCCGCUCACCAAGAUAGCGGCCGCCUUCGAGAUGGGACUGAUAAAGCGCAAAUCCCAGGAGGACGACCGGAAGGAUUUCAACAGAACGGCCAGAGGGUUCGGCGCCAGGAAGGCCGCCGACGCGGCCGAGGAGGCCGACGAAUGA